AUUUUUUUUUACCUUACUGGCUGUGGAUCGGCGGAGAAACGUUUUUUUUCGUACAAUCACGUAUGAAAUAUUUUUGUAACUUCAAUAAUUAAUUUUUAUGGAUAUAUUUUAAAAAGCAUUUAUAAUAGAGAUCAGCUACAAGAUUUAUAAUAACAAAACGUUUUUAGCUAAUCACAAUAAUAAGAAUAGAGUGUCCAUGUUUUAGCAAGUUUAAAACAAAAUGGCUAAGAAAAAGACAAAAAGUAAAUCAAAAACAUCUAAUUCUACGAAGGUAGUGAGCACACCAGAUUUUGAUGCAAUUAACAAAGAAGCCAUUACUUCUGCUAUUACCAGUGUUAACCAAUCAAUUCUAAAAGUGUGUCGAUUGUGUGAAUCUAAAGAUGGCCCUUUUCACAAUAUUUUUGACUCGGAAAAAGUCACUGCGAAGAAAAUUGAGGAGUUAAUGCCUUUCUGGGUUGCAGAGAAUGAUGACCUCCCACACAAGAUCUGUUUCCGAUGUUCUGCAAAAGUUGAGGAACUUUAUGAGUUUGUACAAAAAUGUGUCGGAACACAAGAAAGUUUACGUAAAACAAUAGGAAAAACUGAGCCGCUUCAAAUGAAAAAGAAUGCAAGGGCCCUUUGGGAGCAAUCGUUAAAUAAAUCAAACAUGUCAAACGAUGAUAUUUGUCAUGCGCUUAUAAAAAAAGCUAUGGAAGGAAUUAAAGAUAUUGUUAAGCCUUCUAAAGAUAGCGAAAAGAUUGGUCAGGGAAAUGUAAAUGCUAAAAUUCAGCCAAAGCCUACAACUGAAGAACAGGAAGAAUCAGAUGAUGAUGAAAUAGUAAAUAAACAAAAAAGUAUUAAAAAUGAUGAUAGAAGUAAUGUUAGACCGUUACGUUCAAACAAAACAAUUCAAAAUACUGUAGAAAAUGUAUCACAGCUAUUGCAAACUAAAAAUGUCACUAACAAAGAGAGUUCAAAUACGAAGAAUAAUAAAGAAGCUUUGAAUAUUGACUUACCAAAUACUAAAAAAGCUGAUGAGACUACAUCUAGUUCUAAAUGUAGCGAUGAUUCUAAAAUUUUCGAUAUAAUGGAUCAUGUUACUAUGAUUAAAGUCAAUGGUGUAGGUGUACUAUUUCAAUGUAAACUAUGUAACAGAAACUUUUUGAAAAAAGAAGUAGUUUUAGCACAUGGCUGUGCAAAAAAUGGAAUACCCAAAAUUGGAAAAUGUAACAUGUACAUUCCACCUGAACCACCAAAACCUAGUACUAUUAAAUAUAUAAAUACAAGAGUACCUGAUAAUAAAAAUCAAACAGCUGAAAGUAAACCUGCAAUACAUGUUGAUAAUUCCCAAUCUAGCAAUCCAAAACAGAAUGUAAAGAAAAAAAUCGGUCCCGCAUGUAAGACUGGACGACGUUCGAAAAACUCAGAUGUUGCAGAAAUUGAAUCAAGUGAUGAUUCAAAUAAAAGCAUUCCAAAACAAACUCAACAAAAUCCAUCACAAUUAAACCUUCUUGCGGCCCCAAAUAUGUCUAGUAGGUAUAAAAUUGUACCGGGACCAAAUAAUACAUUUACUCUAGUCGAAGAUAAAUCAGAAACAGACAAUAACAUACCUAAAAAUUCCCAAACAGAUAAACCAUUAUCCAAAAAUAUGAAAAACGAAUCACCCGUAAUUAUAGAUCUUGAGAACACAGAAGUCGAUUCAAAAAAUGUUAAUAGAAAUUCCAAAAACACUAACAUUAUUAAUAAACCAAUGCCAAAAUCAGUUAACAUAAAGCCUAAAACAGAAGAUUCAAUAGCAAGUCAACCAUAUCCUGUAGGACUCUUCCAGACGACUGUCCAAGCAUCAUUUACAACACCUGCUAUGAAGAAACAAAACUACACAGUUGUUCAAACGGGGAAUCCCAAUAAACUCUUAAUAUCAACAAAAUCUCAUGAUAAUGAAGAUGCAUCAAAAAAAAGAUUAAAAAAGAAACCAGGUCCAGCAUCAGUGAGUAAAGAACCCUUUUCAGUAAUUUUAGAUGAAGCAACACCUAACAAAGAUACUAGCUUUUUUACAUUCAUAAAUGUUGAUCCUCUACUCCAACCAACUUAUGUUUUACCAACUGAUAGUAUUAUACAGGAAUCGCAAAUAACAACAUCCACGCAGAUAGCUAAAGCUCAAACUGCUGUUAGUGAAAAUGGUAAAUAUUCUUGUAAUAUUUGCGGUGAAAUCUUCAAUAGAGAAAAGAAAUUAAGCGCACACAUUAAUUCUCAUUAUAAUUUAAGCAAUGAUUACUUUGAUGAAGAACCACCGAAAAAGCGCGGGAAAAAGUGAUCUUUCCUGACUUAAAGAGAAAAUGCAUUUACAUCUGAAACAUUGUUAAGUUUAGUGUUUGUGAAUGGUUUUUAACUUGUUAUUUAUGAUUUAUUUUAAGGUAAAUGAGUCAAAUAGUGAUUUUUAAUAACUUGAUGUUAUUCAUGUCUCUGGCUACUGUAUAUUAAGUUGAAUAUAGUCUAAAUAGGAGUUAAUUGUUAUAUGAGAAAUAAUCACUUGACAGAAGCAUUGUCAGUAUGAUACAUGUCAAGAUGUCAUCAUGUAUCAUCAGCACCAGCUCACUAUAUGUCCCCACCGAGGGGCUCAAAGCCUACCCUAAUAACGCUAACAAGCAAGGUUACUAGCCCGUAGUUAACCACACUGGCCUAGUGCAGGUUGGUUGACUUCACACAUAUCUUUAAAUGUCUUCGUCUACAUGUGCAAGUUGCAUCACGAUUUUUUCCUUCAGCGUAAGAAACGUAGGGUAAUAAUUUACCCAACGUUUGAAAUUCUAAAACAACAUCAGAAUUAUAUGAAAACCUUCAUAUUAAAUGUUCAGCCAAUACAGUGGAUACACAUGCAAAUAGCUGGCUUGUUAACAACCUAUAGACAUAGGUGACCGCUAACUGGCAUGCCAGUCUUGAAUAUUUGUGACAGUUAAGGGUAACUUAGGGUGGGUUUGAAAGCAUUGACCUUAUCUAAUAACAUUUUACUGCCAUAUUUACUACCCUAAGGGCCUGUCCCACCAAAUUGUAAAUUGUUUGAUAACAAUCC